ACAGAGGACGGCUUGUUCUUCAGAUAGAGUUCGUAUAAUCGAACAUCGUUUAUUGAUCUAACGCCAAACAAUGCAGGCCACGCAGAAUGGAUUAGGAUUAUUUCGCGUAUUUAAACCAACGAUUCUAUUUCAAGCGCCUUCUUUACCAUCGAGUCAACAGAUCCUGCUACAGCCGGAGUUUGCUACUACAGCAGCUCUAUGGAAUCAGAGUUUGGGACACUUGAGUUAUUCAAGCUUAACAAUGGCACCUCCUUCUACAUCGUCCCAUGUGCCGCACAUCGGUUUUCAUGAUGUUCAGAAUACGUGCGUUUCUAUAUUCAACCAACAAUCAGCCUCUGAGGCUAAUACACGACACCAAAUUCUUCAACAACCAAAUGAUAUCGCUCAAACCGGCCCUAUUGCUUCUGUAAUUAAAAUCGAGGAUGAUAUUUCAACCAGUGCGACUAGUACUUCGACUGCUGCAUUGCUGGAUUGUAAAACUCGCAAGAAGAAGUACCCAUGUCCUCUGUGUGAAGUAAGAUGUAGUAAUAACGGUCAAUUACAGGGACAUCUGCGAAUUCAUACCGGAGAAAAGCCGUAUAUUUGCAACUAUGAGGGAUGUGAUAGGCGCUUUGCGCGCAACGAAGAGUUAACAAGACACAAGCGUAUUCAUACAGGGUUUCGACCACAUAAAUGUGAGGCAUGUCAUAAGGCAUUUGGUCGGAAAGAUCACUUGAACAAGCACCAGAAGACACAUUUACAAGAGUCCGAGAAAAAAGUUUUCAUUUGUGCUAUUUCGGGAUGCAAACAGAGGUAUAGUCGAUCGGACGCUCUCAGUAGACACAAGUGGGCAGCCCAUGCCAUUACUAAACCUUUAUCAUCGCGAACUCGAAGAGCAAUAAAGUCGACAGAGAAGUCGACAGAUGUACGAAAUUUGUAAUACUAACGAUAAGAAUUCAAAUUACUGGUUAUUCAAUCGUCGAGACUGAAAUAUGUAUUUGUUCUUAGUCCUGCAUGGGUGAAGAGACAUUGGAGUGGUAAGCUGUUUGGAUGUUUGGGGCGUGAGGUGUUUAGAUAAGUAGAUUGAAUGGACGACUUGUAAUUUCUCUUAUUUUGAAUCAUUCUGUUGUGACCUUUUGGGACUGUUGUCUCAGACUAUUCAUUACAGGUCAGCUACACAAAUUAUGACAGAAAAGACAGUUGAUUAAGUACUGGUGUCAAAGAAUUGUGAUUUUAAUCAUUUCAAUAUUUUGACUGAUUGUUUUUCAAACGUUUUGCAUAGAAAAAAUAAGCUAACAUUUAUCCAUAAUUCCUUGUCAGAAAUAUCACAGUCAUGAAAGCGUUUGUUAGUAAAUAGUCAAACUCUUUUUUAUUAUUUGUCCUUUGGUGAACAGAAAAUUAACUUCUAUAUUGACUAGUAAUCAUUGAUAAUUAAAACACCUUUGAACGACAAUAGUGGGAUUGUUGACACUACACUGAGGCAACGCCAUACACGUCAGUAACAAAGGGCUUUGAGGGUUUUAGCGUGACAGAUAUCAGUGAUUUGAUUCCCUCUGAUUCAUAGCUUAAUUAUAUAGGGAUUUUACUAAUCUUUUUUGUUUUCGCUAACUUGUUUGCAACGCUACGUUUUAACUGGCUUAUAAAACAACCAAGCCCUAUUUUAAUGUUCGAUGAGGGUUUGAAUUUCGAUGCAAAAA